AUGCCUCAGCCAAAAGCCAGCCCGAAAGUGGAGCCCAGGAAGGCGCCUAAGGCCUCAGCAAAGUCCUCUGCCACCCGCCAAGCGCCGCGGAAUGUGCGCGAGGUGGAGACAGAGGACUUUGGUGAAGGAUACCCUCCCUGGAUGAGCGAACGCGUUCGCAAGGCUUGUUCCAAGUACCCCAACUUCUCGGGAAAGUUCAUUCAAGAAAUGGAAGAUUGGUCUUUGCAGGAUGUGGAGAUGUACCUUUACUCCAAUGGGUUCCUGAAGCCGAAGAAACAAGCGCAAGCCAAGCCGAAGCCUUCACGCUCACAUUACCAGCUCCUUGGGGUGGAGGAGGGUGCCAAUGCCAGCGAGAUCCGCAAAGCUUACAGACGGCUAGCCUUGAUCUAUCAUCCUGACAAGAACCCAGAGGAUCCGGAGGCAGCUGCGGAGACUUUUCGACGACUGGCAGAUGCCUAUGAAGCUUUGAUGGCUGCCGCCGACGUGGAAGAUGCUUUGGUGAGGCCUCAAAAGCCCAGGCCUCCACCAGAGGAAGUGACCUUGCUCCGGCGGAUGCUCAGAGAGCACCGACAGGCUCAGCUGGAUUCCUCACCCAGGUCAACUGGCACACCCCGGCGCCAGGAAGCAACUCAAGCCUGGCCUUCAAUCUUGCAGCGACGAUCGCUGCAGCGGCCCAUGUAUCCCAUGUGGAGGCCAAGCCGCCGUCCGAGCCCUCAAUGGCGCGACGUUGGAAUGCCGAAUGUGCAACAGCCUUUCUUGGCAGAUGCCUUGCAGCACAGGUCCGCAGCAUCCAGACCAGCUUCUCCACCUCAGCCAAUACAUCGGCAACGAGGACUUCAAGAGGCUCAAGAGCGGCUACAUGAGGCCAAGGCAUACCAGGAGCUUCUAGAGUUGCAAGAGAUACAGCGGCGUUUGCAACACAUGGGGCUGGAGGAAGCCCAAGUUGUCAAUGAACAUCCAGCGGCUGCAAGUGGAGGCAGUAGCUUCAGAUCAUGGAUGCCAGAGCGGCCGGUUGAGAAAUCGCCCGACAUGCCAAACGUCCGCUUUCCUCAGGCAGCAGGUGACGGCCCGCAAUGGGGCGACUUGCAACUGCAGCUGCACGAACAGCUCGAAACGCUGCGGCAAAAGCUUCGCAGCCACUCGACAAAAGAGCUGAAGACGGAGGCCAUCAAGGCAGAUCGUAGCCUUGAGGCGCAGGCAGGAUUUGCAGAGUUCAUGAAGCGCCAGCACGACUCCUUGGCUGAGCGGCUUUUUCAGUCUGGGUUCAUUCCAGAGUUGAACGCCUCAUCUGGAAGCAUGAGCACGGUCCUUCCCACGGGUCGCCACGAGAGCGAGGACACGGAGCAGCGAGAGUCGGAGCCGCAACUUGGAGCGAUUUCAGUACACCCCGGAUAUUUGAAGAAUCGCCAACGCUGCCGCCUGUGCAUGGUGUGUUUCAAUAUCUCCCUUGAAAUGUCCUCAAUAGCCGUGGCGUCGGUGCAGUUGACUUAA